UCCUAGCUGGUAAACAUUUCCUUCAUUAAGCAUCUGACAAAACGGCCUCAAGAUGAACUUCUUCCUGGAGUUGCUCAAAGUUAUCGGACUUACAUUUUAUUACCUGCUGGAGUCCCUGGUGUUCUUGAUCAUACCUAAACGGAAGAAGAGCGUUGCAGGUGAAAUAGUGUUAAUAACAGGAGCGGGAAGCGGAAUCGGAAGACUUUUAUCUAUAAAAUUUGCCCGCCUUGGUGCCACGCUGGUUCUUUGGGACAUUAAUGAAGAGGGGCUCAAGGAAACAAGUAGACUGGCCAAAGAAAAUGGGGCAGUAAGAGUACAGUCUUACAUCUGUGACUGCAGCAAAAGUCAAGAAGUCUACAGAGUAGCAGAUCAGGUUAAAAAAGAAGUUGGUGAUGUUGGCAUCCUAAUCAACAAUGCUGGCAUUGUGACUGGAAAGAGGUUUAUGGAGUGCCCAGAUUCCCUGGUGGAAAAAACCAUGGAGGUGAACAUAAUGGCACACUUCUGGACCUACAAAGCCUUCCUGCCUGCCAUGAUGGCCUCUAACCACGGGCACUUGGUCAGCAUCGCAAGCUCAGCGGGGCUCAUCGGAGUCAAUCGGCUCGCAGAUUACUGUGCAAGCAAAUUUGCAGCAGUUGGGUUUGCAGAGUCAAUUAGUUUAGAGAUGAAAGAUCUGGGAAGGACUGGCAUUAAAACCACAAUUGUGUGUCCUUACUUCAUAAGCACAGGAAUGUUUGAUGGCUGUCAGACCAAGUGGCCACGUCUACUCCCCAUUCUCAAACCAGAGUAUGUAGCUGAAAAGAUCAUCACUGCUAUUCGACAGAACCAGGAAAUUCUGAUAUUACCACGCAGCCUGUAUUUCUUUUUUGCGUUGAAAAACGUGCUGCCUGUGAAAGCGUGUGUUCUCCUUGGAGACUUYGCUGGAGCUCUCCACUUCAUGGACACCUUCAGAGGUCGAGUGAAGAAGGACUGAAAACAGUGCAGGAAUGAAGURUCAGCAGCUCUAAAGGGAACUCUGCUAAGGCUGGUGGUGGGAAAGGUUUACUUGCUUAAAACUGUGGACUUAAGAUGCCUCAGUUUAUUAGUAAUGGCUUUUAAGGAAAUUUGCCUUUUCAAUUAGCUCUUAACAGCUUUGACACAAGCUUAUAUAUAAUAUAUAUGUAUAUACACUUAAUCCAGUGAAAUGAUUUAUUUUUACCUCGUUGCAAGGGGGAAAAUUAAUUGAAGUGAGUUGCCUUGGUGAUGUUGGUUAGAACAGCUUUAAGCCUCUGCAUCCUGAGCUAAUACUGGGCAGUUGUGUGGGGCGUUGGGACCGCGAAGCCGCGGGCAGUUGUGGGGCUGCAGCGAGGGCGCCGGCGCUCCAGGGCCGCGUGGGGCGGCGCCGCUGGAGCUCUCCCAGCUCCGCACUGAACCGAGGGGCUCCAGAGGCUCCGGGAACAGCGGAGUGUAAAAAUCAACUGCAACAAACGGAUGCUUUGAAGCGAAAACCAUGGCUGCAUCGGCGCCUAACCACUAAUGGGGUUAAUUGUUUAGGGUAUCUCAGGACUCAGAUGACUGAAUGUUUGGGGAAAAAUGAAUGUAAAUGAUGAAUUUGUGCUAGUAAUGUACUUUUUGUCUAAUUUAUUUUUAAAGCAAAUGCUAAUGACUACAUCUGUGGAGUAGGACAGUGUCUUUCUAUUUUUUAAGUGCAAUAUUCUAAGAACAAAUUUAAAUUCUCCACUCCUAAGCAAAUUACACCACUUAUAGGUGUAUUGGCUAUCUUCCCAGGUAAGACAACGAGCUACUGAAAGCAAAGAUAUUAUAUAGCGUAAUCAUAGCUCCUUUGGAAAUCAUUCCAGGAAGSAAUGAUGCUGACAGACAUGACAUGAAUGAGAUCACUAUAGACAACUGUAGUUUGAGUUAGUGUUAUGUUUUGUUCCCCUGAUUUGAGGGGAUUGCCCUGCAUAUACAGAAUUUUACCUUUUUCUCUUAAAACUUAUUUUGGACAAACACUGAGGAGGCCUCCCCCUCUUUAACAGUGGCCAUUUACUUGGAAAACUAAAAGCCUGCCUUGACUUUGGGUAAAUCCAAAGGAAGAAAAAGGAAGAUUAUAUUUUAAAUGUCAUUUAAGCACCUGCUGCUUAAUCCCCUCUCUUGUCACAGUACUUGUAAUACCUGAAAAUUAAGACUGUAGAAAGUUCUUCCUUAUGCAAACAAAUGAAAGGAUAGAAUGGAGAAAAGGGUAUGUAGGUGUGUUUGUCUUUCAUGUUGAUCUGGAGACUGCCUUUGUUGUCUAUGCAAUUAGUGACGUUUAUCAGGU